CAUGAAUAUUUCUCUAGAUCCGCCCCUGCGUAUAUUAUAUCAUCAAGCAGCCUCCAACUCAACGCAUGCAGCUCCACCUACAGGUAGCACCAGGGAACUGCACACACAGGAACCAAUCGGCACACAUUUCCACAGCCAUGAUUCAGUCCUUCAGAAAAUGAUGUGGCAGCCUUCAGUGAUGAAAAACAACCCUCCUCACCGAGUCGUGAUGAGGUGAACCGGCGGCCGGAGCUCCAGCAGAGAGAGAGAGAGAGAGAGAGAGAGAGAGGGAGAGAGAGAGGGAGAGACCACCAACAUCAACACCAUCACCACCGUGCAGGAAAAGAAAAGCGGCUGCCCCCUCAGAGACCAUCCCCGACGCCCACACUUCCGGACUGGAGCCUCUGGAGGCAGCUGUGUCGGGAUGCAUCCGUCUCCCGGUGCUGCUUGAGAUGAGGAUAAGACGACGACGUCUUCCCCGGUGAAACGGCGAUGCUCUCUACGUUACAUUAGACCCAGCCCGUUACAACCUGAGCAGAACCGAUCAAGAUCGCGGCGGCUGUGCGCUCAACACUCAAAGAGGGGAUCCAGGCUUUAGCCAUACUGUCUGUCUGCUGUCAACUGUUGCUUAUUUCCACUGUAAAUGAAUCUUGUAAGGUUUAUGAACAACCGUGUUCCUCCUAACAAGAGAUACCAGCCCACAGAAUAUGAGCAUGCUGCCAACUGUGCCACGCAUGCGUUAUGGAUAAUCCCCAGCCUGCUGGGCAGCUCAAUGUUGCACUUCCAGUCGGAGGACCAAUGGGAGCGACUGUCGGCCUGGGUGUACGGGGCGGGGCUCAGCUCGCUCUUCAUCAUCUCCACCCUAUUCCACACUGUGGCCUGGAAGAAGAGCCACUUACGGUCUGUGGAGCACUGUUUCCACAUGUGUGACAGGAUGGUGAUCUAUUUCUUCAUUGCUGCCUCCUACGCCCCGUGGCUGAACCUGCGGGAGCUGGGUCCCUGGGCGUGUCACAUGCGCUGGUUGGUGUGGGUCAUGGCCUCUUUUGGAACCACCUACGUGUUCUUCUUCCAUGAGAGGUAUAAGAUCAUGGAGUUGAUCUGCUACACGGUCAUGGGAGUUUUUCCUGCCUUGGUGAUCCUCUCAAUGCCGGAGCAGUCAGGAUUGUGUGAGCUGCUUGUGGGCGGAGCCUGCUACUGUCUGGGGAUGGUCUUCUUCAAAAGUGAUGGCAUUGUACCAUUCGCGCAUGCCAUUUGGCACCUGUUUGUAGCUAUGGGAGCAGCCAUACACUACUACGCCAUCUGGAAGUACCUCUAUGCCCAGCCACCCAAUCAGGUCCAGACCUCCAGAUGACAUCAGCACUGACCUCACAAGAAGUAGCUCCUGUGUUUGAGCAACUUCAAGGGGGUGAUGUGAGCUCUGUCCAAAUUCAGGGGCUGUCUCCUUUGUAGGCUGAACCUCUUCCCCAAAUAAGAUGUUGUAGCCUCACAGAAACAGAAACCAGUGGUGCAUUCAGGAGAUCCUCCUUAACCCGUAAAGUCAAACAAAUCCAUGUUCAUCACCGGGAAGUUGCACUCAAUCGGCCGGCAAAGUUGUAACAAGACUAAGAGUUCACAGUCAUGCUAGCAGAUUGAUGAGGCAGUACCAUCAACAUAUAAAAGAUGGAUGUUGAGUCUCUACUUCCUGCCUCUGUACAAAAAUGAAGCCAGCUGACUCCACUGAAAGCAGGGCUCAGCUGUCAAUCAUGACUUGAAACCCCUUUUUUAUAGCUUCAAAUAAUGAAUUAGAACCAAACUUAUGAACAUACAUCACUACCUAAAAUUACAGAAACCAUCUUUGGAAAAACAUUUAUUUGACGUGUACUCCCAUCUGCUAACAUGGAGGGGUCUAUGACCUACACUGCAACCAGCCACCAGGGGCAAGCCAGAUGUUUUGGCUUCACUUUUGGGGAGCAAUCAUGUCGUCCAUCUUUUAUAUGUGAUCGGCUGAGCUAAAUGCUAAUGUCAGCAUGCUCACCUCCUCAUAGUGAAAAUGCUAACAUGCUGAUGUUUAGAUGGUAUAAUGUUGAUUAGCACUAAACACAAAAAGUGAUGGAAAUAUCAUUAGUCUAGCAGAGGAUCAUCAAAGUUACAAUUCAUCCUGAGGAGAAAAUUAAUGUCUAUAGUGACCUAAUUUUAUGGAAAUCUAUCCAGUAGUUGUGGAGUUUUGUGCAAAAAGUAAAAACUUUGGUGGCCCAAGAGGAAAAGUCAGGGAAUUACCAAAGUCAUUAGGAUUCAUCCUCUGGCCACCAUGGGUAUCUUAACCUGAAUUUCAUGGCAAUCCACACAAAAACCGUUGAAAUAUUUCACUCAGCUGCUCACAUGGAAAUAAAAAACACAGUAACUGAAAACUGCAAACUGCAAACAGUGUACUAAAGUAACAGUAAAUGUAUCCAUAUAACUUCAUACUUAACUUAUUUCCUGACUUUAUGAGUCGACGAGGACACACCAUUAAGCGAUUAAUGUAGAUUGUAGGAUAACUGUAGAGGAUACGAGAAAUAACACACCGGUGUUUUGCCAAAAGGUGUAAAAAACAUCUGCAUUUGGAGGAGACCUUGCACUGGUACAACCUAUCGACCUGUUGAGUGUUCAAAGGAGGCAGCCUGUGAAUUGGGACACAGUUUUUUUUUUUUUACUAGUCCAGUUUAGUUCAUGUUAUUUUUCAGGAAUUUUGGUUUCAUUCCAAUGAUCAGGGGUUAAAUUACUAUUCUCGGAGAUUUCUCUCUCUACGUGGUGCACGACCAGAUUCAGUGUUCAGAAGCUGAAUUGAAGGCAUUGUCUUAUUGUCAAGAGGAGGACAAUGUUUACAAUUAGCUGACUUGACUAUCAUAAUUAGUUUAAGGACAUUAUUUAAAGUGUUAUUAUCGUCAUUAACAGAAGGUGUUUGAUUACAUUUAGGAGGUUGCAACAUCAGUAAUUUACUAUUCCAAUUCAGAGCGUUAGAUAGUAUUAUUACUGUUAUUGUUAUUAGUUGUGCUAUCUACACUGUAGGACACUAUAUGGUUUAACAGCGGUUGCUUCAGUCAGUGAUUUACUGUGAUUUACAAAUUAAGCAUGACUGUAGGAUGAUAUUUUUUUAUGUUGAACAUACAGAUAAUGAUGGUUUUAGUCUUGGAGAAUUUACUUGUGUGCUUCCACAUUUACCAGGCUCUACACGGUAGAUUAUCAAGCAUAAGUACUGAAUUCUAAUAGUUUACUGUUGUUGAUUAGGUUUAGUAAGUAAAGAUGUCAUCAGUACAAUUUAUACAGUAUAUAUUUAUCAAUGACGUACAGUAUAUGUUGAUUUCAUCUAUAUUUUCUAAUAAUGUACUUACAGUGUCAGCUGAUUAUCUUCAUCAUCUACAACCUAAUUAAUGGGACUCAUUUGAUGGAGUUUGUCAAAGUUACAUGGUUGAACCUCAGAAGGGAAAACCACUGUCUGAUUCAGCACUGCCAGACUUACUGCCGUAACUGAUAGCACACUACUACCAUAUAUACAUCUCACACUUGAAAGGAAACUGAAGCUAUAGUAUUGUUGAACAAUCUGGCCCAAUAUUAAGGCAUCUCAGGUGUGUGUGUGCAUGUGUGUAUGUGUUUAUGCUUGUGUGUGUGUGUGUAUGUAUGCUUGUGUGUGUGUUUGUUUGUGUUUCCGAUACUAUCUGACUCCCAUGAAUCCAAAGCCUCUAAUCGGCUGAGUCUAUGUUUACACGUGAACGCAUGUACCUUGAACACAACAAAAAAAGUAUAUUUGGAAUAUAUCUGUACUCUUAGUGUUAAGCUGUAUGUGGUGGCACACAGUUUAUUGGACACGCUCGUAUAGUAGGAUAAAUGAGGAGCAACAGGUCAUACUGGCUAGUAUUCAUAGGUGCAAAAGAUACAUUUUUUAAACAUCUGCUCCUGUUCAACCUGUUUUCACUGCUGUCUGUGUCUCAGGAUUUGGAUCAUUUGGGCUUAAAAAGCCUAUGAAGCCACAUUCAAGGACCACUAAAGCUGCUCUGGUUGUUUGGGUGCUGUCUGCAGCGACAAAAAUGAUCAAAUAGCUGUGACUCUGCUUUCUUUAAUGCUGGCACCACUCCAUACAGCUUGCUUACUCACAUCCCCAAGCAGGGCAGUAGUCCCAACAGUUUUUCUGCAAGCUUUACAUAUGGGUAAUAUUUAUACAGUGACCAAACAGGAGAAGAGAAAGCUUUAAAGCAUACAGCCACUAUAGAUAUUACAGCAGCAGAUAUGUUUAGGUUAUAAAAAGGAACUAGAAAGCAUACCUUUGCUUUAAAAUCCACAAAAUUUGCAUUUAGAUUUGCAUGAAAAUACACUGUGAUAAACACUCAUGAGAUGAAUGUGCCAAUGUUUUUUUCAUUCAAGUAGGCUCAGUAGUUGUAGAGAAAAUGAGGAGGGCAAAACUUUCUUUAUCUUACAAUGUUAGGAGGUUAUUAGUGGAUCCACACCAAAAAUUAAUCUCUUGUUCCUUCCAACUUUACACUUCUUUUCAACAGAUAUCCUGCUAAGCAGACAAACACAAUGAGAUGAAGAGAGGGGACUGAUAGCAUAAUAUUUUCAGUAGAGGUGACAAAUAAUGUUAUUCAACUAUUACAGAUCAGAGCUGCACAAUUUUAACAAAGGCACAGCUGUGUAGUUUCCUUUGCAGCCUAACAGGCCCUGAACAAGGGGUCUCGCAUUCACUUUCAUGUCCUCAGUAAGUAAAAAUUCUUUACAACUUACCAACCAGCACAUGAAUGCAUCAUUAUACUGUAGGGUUAAAAAAAAAUCAUCUAGUGACAAAAAAAAACACCAGAACUCAACCAAAUGUGUUCAUUACUUGAGACCUCUGACCAACAAACACACCAGGGUUAAAAAAUCAUCUGGAUUUAACACAAAUCUUAUUUGUUAUUUUUCAUCGUUUACCAUUUUCUUUCUUUAGUCAUUAGGGAAGGAAAUGUAUCGUCACAGGGGACCGGGGAUUGCAUUUAUCACACUGUGGGUAUCUCAGUUUGUGGAAUGAAACUCUCAUUCAGAUAUAUUCUCAAAUUUAAGAGUAUGUUUUAGUAUUUGUACUCUUUAAGUGUUUACUUGAACCUCUGAGAAACACCAAAUGAUUGCGCGUUCUCUGGUUUGGAGUACUCGGGGGUAAUUAUAGCCUAUCAUAGCCAGUAUUUUGACUCGCUCCUCAGGCUGGUUUGGCAACGAUAAGAUGAAAUAUUUGAGAAUUUGACGUGUGUCUGUCUUGUCUUGUUUAUAAUAUAUGUUUCCUUCAGACAUACAGUGCCCACCUGACUUUGUAUAGAGUUUUAUAAACUCUCCAUGAAGCCUUCAUGGACCCUCUGUACAUUGUUUAUAGACGCUCUGUGAUUGUGGAGCUGCUGACUCUGUUCUCAGUGCUGCUGGUGUUUUCUUUCUGGUCGUAUGAGACUGAUUAUAUUGUCUCAUAAUUUCUUUCUCUCUAGUUUUCAUAUUGGGUUAUUGUGUCUGUGGUGCUUUUGUGCUGUGAUAAGCCUAUAUGAUGCCAACAAUGCUUUUAUCUUUUCUAUUUCUCUUGUAAUAAAAAAAAGUUUUUUCAUGCAGUA